AUGAGUCUCCUUGACGAGGAUGAUACACUACCCCAAUUUGUAGUUGAUGACAAGCCCACGCGGCCAUGGAUCAAACAGAGCCCUAACAGUCCUUCUUUUGAUCCUGGAGAUCGAGUGUUCAUCAAAUUAUCCGAAACAGCAAAAGAUGGGCCGUACCUUGUCGAAACUUUUGAUGCUGGUACGGGGCAGUACACACUAUGUCUUGACGAUGGAAAAGGAACAACUGCUCUUGGUGGAAAGAAGUUUGUGGAGGAAUCCCUAUUACGUGGUUGA